UGAGUCUAUAAGUUAAUAGUUAAAAAGUUAUGAGUUAUAGACUAUCAGCAAUGGUAGUACAGUUAAAAUGUUAAAGCUAUUAGGAUCUAUAGCUUUCUCCAGAUUAGAAAACUGACCAUCAACAAUGAAGAGAGUUUAGUAUAGAUAAAUAUAGAGUUUAUUAUACGUAAAUAUAACUUUGGGUCAACCUUUAGAUAACUUGGAGAUGAAGGAGGAUAGACUUCUUGAGUCUAUAUUACCAACAAUUCUUUCCAAUCAUUCUCAAACUUUAUUAUUUCUCUUUGCUGUGAUUUCCCCAUUAUUUCAUAUCAUUUAAUUCCAUACUCAUCAUUUUAAAACCCACCUAUUUGAAUUUUGAAAUGGUCCUGAUCAAAGUUUAGAAAUGGAUUGGUAUAGAUUGAUUUGCUUGAGAUUAAGAAAUCUUGAAUUUUGCAUUUUGAACAUAGAGUAAAUUUCAUGGAUAUUGCAAAUGAGACUCGAAAAUAAAGAAAUGGUCUCUGUCAUUAUGUAUGUUUAUUCAUUGUGACUCAUUCAUUUUUUGAAAUGUCAUUGCUCUUGUCGUAGUUUAGCGGCAACCCCACGUUUACUUUUCAAUCAUCAAGCAAAGCGACAUUAAAGAUGCUUUCUCAUUUGCUUUUGCAGAAAAAAAGUCAUCCUUUAUGGACCUAUCCGAUCACAUUCUAUUACCUUUUGAUGAUGAAUUUCUUCACUGGGGCCGACUAAUGGAAUUUAUACAAACACUUUAUCCAAUUAGCUUGUUUGACCUUUCUUUAGAGUUUUUUCCAAAGUGCUACUGGAAGGAAAUCAUAGGCAGAGUACUGACCAUUUAUGUAAAUUGUAUAUCUAGAGAAAAUGUAAAUUUCUUGGUUUUUUCCCAUGUCUAGAACUUAUUCACAUUAACUCUUUGUGGUCAUAUAGGAAGAGACAUAUCAUAGUGAAGCAUAUUUCAUAGUUUCUUGGUUGGUGAUAUCCCUGAGCUUUCAAGUCCAUUCUACGUUCAGAAGAGAUGAAUGUUAUAGUUGAGAAUGAAUUCCUUGAGCUUUUACAUGCUUUUUAUUUAGAAAAGGAAAAGAUACGAAUAGCCCUAUACGUGCAAAAAGCAGCACUGCAAUUCAUAGCUGCUGGCAAUCGAGUCGGACACUAUAAGCUAACCAAACAAGUUAGUGAUGCUGGUUUUAGCAUUGAACCUGAUGAACUUGCAUCCAUUAUCCGAGCACAUGAUGCAAAGGGUGUUGAACAACAUGGAGGAGUGGAAGGAUUAGCAAGAGAUAUCUGCGUUUCUUUGAAUCAUGGUGUUAUCUCAAGCGAAAUACCUCUUAGGCAAAAUAUAUAUGGUUUCAAUCGUUAUGCUGAGAAACCUCCUAAAGGUUUUUGGAUGUUUGUCUGGGAAGCUUUGCAAGAUUUAACACUGAUCAUCCUCAUGAUUUCUGCUGCUGCUUCUAUGGGUGUUGGAAUUGCAACAGAAGGUUGGCCACAAGGAAUGUAUGAUGGCUUAGGAAUUAUACUCAGUGUUUUAUUAGUAGUUAUGAUAACUGCAAUCAGUGACUACAAGCAGUCUUUGCAAUUUAAAGAUUUGGAUAAAGAGAAGAACAAUAUUAUUGUCCAAGUUACUAGAGAUGGAUGCAGACAGAAAGUUUCUAUCUAUGAUUUAGUGGUUGGAGAUGUUGUUCAUCUCUCUAUUGGAGAUCAAGUUCCUGCUGAUGGAAUUUUCAUAUCAGGCUACAGCUUAUCAAUCGAUGAAUCUAGUUUGUCAGGUGAGAGUGAGCCGGUUGAUGUUGACAAAAAUAAGCCUUUUCUUCUAUCAGGGACAAAAGUUCAAGAUGGGUCUGGAAAAAUGCUAGUUACUUCUGUUGGUAUGAGGACUGAAUGGGGAAGACUGAUGGUCACUCUAAGUGAAGGUGGAAACGAUGAGACUCCUUUACAGGUGAAGCUUAAUGGGGUUGCAACCAUUAUUGGGAAGAUUGGUUUGGCUUUCGCCGUGCUGACAUUUUUGGUUUUGACAGCAAGGUUUUUGGUAAACAAGACGGUGCACCAUAAAAUCACUCACUGGUCUUCACAGGAUGCAUCGGAGCUUCUAAAUUACUUUGCCACUGCAGUGAUCAUAAUAGUUGUGGCAGUCCCGGAGGGAUUACCUUUGGCGGUGACACUAAGCCUUGCCUUUGCAAUGAAGAAAUUAAUGGCUGAUAAGGCACUUGUGAGGCAGCUCUCUGCCUGUGAGACAAUGGGUUCUGCUACUUGUAUUUGCACUGAUAAAACCGGAACCUUGACAACAAAUCAUAUGGUGGUGAACAAAAUAUGGAUCUGCGAACAAACUAAAACACUAAAAAGAUACGACGAUGAAAACUUAUUGAAGUCCUUGGUUUCUGAAAGUGUACUAAACCUUUUUCUGCAAUCUAUAUUUCAGAAUACUGGCUCAGAAGUAGUCAAAGGAAAAGAUGGAAGGAAUAAAAUCAUCGGCACUCCAACAGAAACUGCUUUAACAGAGUUUGGCUUGCUUAUGGGAGGUGAUUUCAAAACUUAUAGUAAGGAGUAUAAAAUUCUGAAGGUUGAACCUUUCAACUCAGUGAGAAAAAAGAUGUCUGUGCUUGUGGCUAUUCCCGGUGAUGGUGGGGUUCGAGCAUUCUGCAAAGGAGCAUCGGAAAUAAUCUUAAACAUGUGUGACAAGGUUCUCAAUUCUGAUGGGGAAGCUGUGCCUCUAUCUGAAGAACAUAGGAAAAGCAUAUCAGAUGUGAUAAAUGGGUUUGCUUGUGAAGCUUUGAGAACUCUAUGCACUGCUUUCAAGGAUAUAGAAGAUUCUUCUAAUGUAGAUACAAUUCCUGAAGACGGUUACAUACUAAUAGCUGUUGUUGGAAUUAAAGAUCCUGUUCGUCCGGGAGUUAGGGAAGCUGUAGAGACUUGUUUGGCUGCUGGGAUUACAGUGAGGAUGGUCACUGGUGAUAACAUUAAUACUGCUAAAGCCAUAGCCAAAGAAUGUGGUAUUUUGACAGAAGGUGGUUUGGCAAUAGAAGGGCCAGAUUUCAGAAACAAAACUCCACAGGAAAUGGAGGAAAUAAUACCAAAACUACAGGUAAUGGCUCGUUCAUUGCCUUUGGACAAACACACCUUGGUUUCUCAAUUAAGGAAUGUGUUUAAAGAAGUUGUGGCAGUGACUGGUGAUGGGACAAAUGAUGCUCCAGCUUUGCAUGAGGCAGACAUUGGACUUGCUAUGGGUAUAGCAGGAACAGAGGUUGCCAAAGAAAAUGCAGAUGUUAUCAUAAUGGAUGAUAACUUCACAACCAUAGUGAAUGUUGCUAGAUGGGGACGAGCCGUCUAUCUCAACAUUCAAAAGUUUGUACAGUUUCAGUUAACAGUCAAUGUUGUUGCUCUUAUGCUCAACUUUACCUCUGCAUGCCUCACAGGUGCUGCUCCACUUACUGCUGUUCAGAUGCUUUGGGUCAAUUUGAUCAUGGACACUCUUGGUGCUCUGGCUCUUGCUACAGAACCACCAAAUGAUGGGUUAAUGAAAAGGCCACCAAUUGGUAGGAAUGUCAAUUUCAUCACAGGGACAAUGUGGAGAAAUAUCAUUGGUCAGAGUAUCUAUCAGAUUCUGGUCCUUCUAGUCCUCAAGUUUAAUGGCAAAAGGCUCCUGAACCUCGAGGGUUCAGAUGCCACUAUGACUCUCAACACAGUCAUUUUCAACUCUUUUGUGUUUUGCCAGGUAUUCAACGAGAUUAACAGCCGGGACAUGGAGAAGAUUAAUGUUCUAAGUGGUCUUUUUAGUAGUUGGCCUUUCAUGAUGGUUAUGAUGUCCACAGUAGGUUUCCAAAUCAUAAUAGUUGAGCUUUUGGGCACUUUUGCUGAGACUGUGCCAUUAAAUAAGGAGUUGUGGUUAGUCAGCGUGUUGAUUGGAGCCGUAAGUUUGGUUAUUGCUGUUAUAUUGAAGUGCAUCCCAGUUGCAAAGACAGAGCAGAGUAAGAGACAUCAUGACGGGUAUGAAAGACUCCCAAGUGGGCCAGAGGUGGUAUGAAAGAAUAAAUAUGGAAUAUUCAUGGAGGACCUCCUGCAGUAUCUCAUGGAGGAUCUUUGAUUUACAGCUGGGGCUUUUUGAAUUUUGGGAUUUAAUAGUUUUUGCUCUUUUGGUUGUUUUGGGUUCCUCAAACCAACUUUCUAAUUUUGUUGUUUUCUUUGUACAUUCAAUUUUUUUUCCUUUUUUUAUUAUUAUUAUUAUUUUUUUUAUAAUGAAAUUUUUGUCAAGGCUAGUAACUCUGUUUACCUUCA